GCUCUUGUCACAUAGCUACCUCAACUUACAAACCCCACAAAAUUAUGCUGCUAAAUUCCUAAAGUAACAUAGUUCAACAUACCAUUACACGUAUAUAUAUUCUCUAUUUCUCUACUCUCUAAAUUAUUACUUGCAUUUCAUUUUACAAAAAUAUUAAAGAAGAAAAACCAUAAAUGGGAUUCAGAACCUUGCCCCUAUCAUCUUCUCAGAAUGGGAUCCUCCAAUCAUCCAUAGCUCCACAAACCAUGCGCAGACAUAAUUAUAGACAGAGCAACAUAUUAAGAGUAGUCUCAGCGAAAAAAGAAGACGAAAAGGAGCAGCAGCCAAAGAAGAAGAAGCAAUCUUUGUUUACGAGUGUCACCGAUGCUUUGGAUUUUGCUCAAGCAAGGUCAGCAGAAGAUGCUCAGCUUAUUGAGGAAGCUAGGGAAACUACCAGCUCAGGUCGACAGAUGAAUAGGGAACAGUAUGGUGCUCUUCGGAGGAAAAUUGGAGGAACGUACAAGGAUUUCUUCAAGUCAUAUGUCGAAGUGGAUGGGCAAUAUGUGGAGGAAGGCUGGGUGGACAAAACAUGUAAGGUGUGCAAGAAAGAUACAGCAGGUGAAGAAAGGCAAAAGGACAAGUUUGGGAGAUAUGCUCAUGUAGCUUGCCUUGAGAAAAAGAAUUCUGGCAACUUCUUUACUAAUCUCUUCUCUAGGUAAUUGGAGCUGUUAAUUUUGGCUCGGAAUUUUGUUUAAGAUAAUAGCAUAGCAAUAUAUCGAGUAUACUUGUAUGUAAUUUCCUACUCAUUGUUCUAUACAUAAUGUAUCAGUAAUUCAGUACUGAAUUUCUUAAACGUGCUCGCAUUUAGCUAUAAUAACUUAA